AUGCAGAUGUCUAACCUUAAUGGUAGAUAUUGGAACUUCAUAAGGAGGAUGAGAGGCCAAAACAUGAGCCAAUGUGUUUAUUUUAACAACGUGGGUAGGGUAGACCCUGAAACUGGAGAGGCCUUACCUCCUGGCCAGAGGGGCGAACUGUGGCUGCGAGGUCCAACAGUCAUGAAAGGUUAUGUAGGAUAUGACAAGGCAACUGCUGAGACCUUGGACUCAGACGGGUUAAAGGAAUUGAUCAAGCACAAGGCCUAUCAGGUACCCCCAGCUGAUUUGGAACCUAUACUUCAAUCCCAUCCCGACAUUGCCGAUGCCGCUGUGAUUCCGUAUCCUGAUGAAGAAGCAGGGCAGAUUCCAAUGGCCUAUGUAGUUAGAAAGCCUAGAAGCAAUAUCAAAGAGGCUGCAGUUACGGGUUUUGUUGCAAAACAAGUUGCACCCUACAAGAAGAUUGGACAAUGUAUAGUUUAUCAACUCGAUUCCCAAAUCUCCGGCAGGAAAGAUCUUGUGGAGGGAGCUCGUUAG